AUGAGACCUGGGCUUUUCUUCCAUUCAUUUGUAUUCUUGAAGCUUCUUUGCUUGAUGGCAUCGAGGGUGCCAGUGAUUGGUUCUGGUUAUGUAAUGGUAGACUCUUGUGUUUUAACUAUAAUCGCUGCUGAAUCGCUGAUAUUUAAGAUACUUCUAUUUCAAAAUCAAAAGCUUGUUCAAAAGUUAGAGGCUCAGAAGUUUGAGUGUGUUGCUCUUGAGAAUAAAUUUAGUCAGUUGAGGGAGAAACAGCAACAGUAUGAUAACACAUUUGCAGUGGUCAAUAAGUCUUGGGAAGAGCUGGUUGAUGACUUGGUAUCUUGUUCUAUCCGUACAAAGGACUCAUCAUGCCUUGGGAAAGAUGUUGGACACCGAUUAAUUACAGAAGAUGGUUCUUCGUCUCUCCAGGAGGAUGCUUUUCUAAGCCGACUUCUUGAAACAGGUGCAACUGAAAGUACCUGUACUAGCAACUCUCUCAAUCAGAUAGAAGAAGAGAGACAAGAAGCUGGUGAAAAGACCAAAAACUUAUUGCAUAACAUAGUAGCUGCCAUUGAUGACCUGUGGUGUUUGAAGGAUGGAUUGUACACUGCAGUUUUGAAGGCACGUCCAGAAGAUUGUAAGACUACUGGGAUAGGUGAUUUUGUAUAA